ACAACCUAGAAGACAAGUGCAGAAUGCUUUGCAAAAAUUCCUUUCAAAGUAUGUUCGACACUUAGUCUUGGUGUCUGAAAUUAUUUUCAUUUGGUUGGGUUGACCUAUUCUGACAUCCAACCUUGACGGUUAUUUGAAAUUUCGGGGAAUGAGUCUUUGGGUUGACAAAUAUACUCCCACUUCAUUGGGGAAGUUGGAUUACCACAAAAGACAAGCCAAAAAUUUGAAAAAAUUAGUUGAUAGCAACAACUUUCCUCACUUGCUAGUGUAUGGACCUUCUGGUGCAGGGAAGCGAACUAGAAUCAUGUGUAUUCUUCGUGAGCUGUAUGGAUCAGGCGUUGAUCGACUAAGAAUGGAACACCAUACCUUCACAAAUCCUUCAAACAAGAAAGUCAGCUUAUCCACAGUUUCGAGUAACUUUCAUUUGGAAGUAAAUCCUAGCGAUGUUGGAAUUUACGACCGAAUCGUCAUUCAAGAGUUAAUCAAAAGUAUGGCAUCAACAGCUCAGCUUGACAGUGGGCAACAGAAAGAUUUCAAAGUAGUAGUUCUGCACGAAGCGGACCAUUUAACACGUGACGCACAACAUGCUUUGCGUAGAACUAUGGAAAAGUACAUAUCCACUUGCCGUCUAAUAUUGUCAGCGGAAUCUACCAGUAAGAUCAUUUCUGCUACUCGUUCAAGAUGUCUACCAAUAAGAGUUUCUGCCCCAUCUAUCGAUGAAAUUGUUGAAAUCUUGAAAAAUACCGCUCGCCGAGAAGGCCAUUCAAUGCCGGUUGAACUAGCUAAGCGUAUCGCGUUAGCAUCCGAACGGAACCUACGUAGAGCUCUUUUGUAUGCUGAGGUAGCUAGGUGGCAGCAUUGCCCCAUGCUUCCAGACCAAAGUGUGCAGUUACCUGACUGGCAAGUCUUUCUUACUGAGACAGCAUUAGCUAUUUUGGCGGAACAAAGUCCGAAGAAGUAAGUGCUGUAUAUAUAUACAUAGGCCUUAUUCAAAUCAAGUUUGUGUCGCUGUCGGUUGCUGGCAAUACACGGCUACAUUAUAAAUCCGUUUCUUUAUACCUUGAUUUAUGCUUAACCGUAUUUCAAUCUACUGAUCUGUGUAUUUCAUAUUAUCCAAUCAAUAAAGUCACAUCGCGUUAGGAAACACCUUGUUUCCAUAGUGCCAUUUCAUAAAUUGAUUGAAUUUCCAUUUCGUUCAACGAUUACGAGCACUAACAAACUGCUUUACUUUGAGACCUUCCUAUGUAGAAAUUAUCAACACCACAGAAGACUGGGUUAUACGAUGGAUUUACUUACUGAACAAUAUCUCUUAUUACAUGUCAGCAUGUCAGUAAAACUUAUAAAUGUGUAUAUUGUGUUUCCACUAAAUCCAAUCAGCAUCACUGUUAAUCAAAAGUAUUUAGUUAUGGUUAAAAGGGAGUCACAAGAGAACAAUUCCCUCUUAAAUAAUUAGAUCAAGAUGCAACUGAAAACAAACUACAAUUUUGUAACCUACAGACGUUUCCUAUGAAACAAAUCAUUUUGAUGUUUGAAAAAGUACUUUUUUAUUUGAUGUAUUCACUCGUAAUCCAAGAUCCGCUGGGAACUUUUUAAGCAGAGGUCAAACAAUUGGAAUCGUCAGAAGUGCCUGGUUCAUGGACAUUUUUCUUCACUUUUUAAACCUCUUUUAUCCUUUUUGAUUUAUUGCAGCGAACUCAGAGCUCAGUGUCUGUGUUUAAAAUAUAAAGUCUUAAAAAGUUAGAGUAGGUUACAUUUCAGAAUUUAGAAUAGAUCCAUCCCUAGUUUACUCAUUGUCCGCAAUCAUUUGGAGUUGUUUAGAAAAAUAAUGUUGAGUGAUAUUUUUUAGAUUAGCAUUCUGUAGUAGCUUUGUACUGUUAGGAACAGUCAGAGAAACUUGGGAAAUUGUUUUCGAGGGAAUUAGUUUGUAUAUUUUUGUUGCUUAUUUAUCGGACAGCUGAUCCAUGGUGUUUUUAUUUAGCUCUGGUUGUAAGUUAUUCUUUGACUCCUCAGUUUUCUCCGUAUCUUUUAUUAUUCAGAAAUUAUGCCUAAUUAUGUAAUGGCUGUGUUAUUCAACUUUUUUCAAAGAAUAGCUUAGUUACGUACACACUACGAUUUGCUACACAUGUCUUAUGGUUUUACAUUUUAUACAUAUAAUCAUGUAAGUUUUUGAAUUUGAAUAUUAAAAUGUGUUCCAGGCAUUUAGAUGAUCUUCUCAAUAAUCUGAUUGGUGGAUUGGGAACGAGUGAGCUUUGUACGGGACUGUCGACCGUUAACAUAUGCAACAACUAUGUUAGUGGACUUAAUGUUAUUCGCGUGGGUGAAAUCCCAUUAUUUAAUAGUGUAUAUUACCUUAUAAACUAGAGUUCUUGGCUGUGGCUGCCAGUGGUAUAGUUACUCAGCGGAUACAAAAACUUCAAGGAAAGCGUUAUUGCAGCCAAACUGUACAAUAUAUUUUACAACCGAUGAUCCUAAAGGAAGAUAAUGAAAGCAGUCUGCCUAAAUCCGUCUCUAUGUACACCAAUCACCUCAACUGCUUCCUCAAAACUAGUUAUUAUCGUGACACAUCUGAUCAAACUAGACCUUUCUAUUCAAAUAAAACUUAUGCAACCACACUGACUAGUUUGGUCAUUGUGGCUUAUGAUUUUGUUUAACCUUUUGUUCAAUGAUUUCUAGUAUUUUGGAAAUUAUCUGUUAUCCCUCUUGUUGAAUUACACUUGUUACCUCGUUUUUCUUUACAUAACUUUGAAUGAUAUUCGUCUAGUUUUUCGUACAGAACUAUGAUUAUCCAACUUAAGGAUAAUUCAUAACUGUUUCACUGGUUUAUUUUUAUAACAACUCAUUUAUUAAGUAAUACAUUUGAAUAGUACAUCAAACCUAUUUAUCUUUCAUCUCCAAUGAAUUCCUUAAUUCGUUCUUAAUUAUUUUCAUAGAUACUUCUGAAUUUCUAAUACUUUUAACCAACUCACCAUCACUUGAUUAGUACUAAUGGAUUAAUGUUGAGCUGUGAGGAAAAGCUAAUUGAGAAAGAUAUUUCUUUGUUCCGUCGAUUGUUUUUUAGUGUUUAGACGGUAGUUUUGAUUAUACUAAAAUCCUACUACUUAGUGCGUAGACGAUGAGUCAUACAUACCUCUGGAUUACUAUUCUCUGUAUCAUAUAUUAAUGGCUGAACUUUCUCAAAUCUUUUUCUCUACAGAAUACUAGAAGUCCGCAAUCGUCUUUAUGAAUUAUUAUGUCAUUGUAUUCCGCCCAACAUUAUCAUGAGAGGUCUGGUUGACAAUCUAUUAAAUUCAUGUGAUCGUAAUUUAAAACUGGAAUUGGUUCAAUUGGGUGCGGAAUAUGAACAUCGAUUGAAUUUAGGCCAGAAACCGAUUUUUCAUUUGGAAGCCUUUGUAAUUGCAUUUAUGGCUAUCUACAAACGAUAUAUAGAAGAUGCUCUAGGCUCUGGGAUGGAAUGGUAGCAUUAACAUAAAACAAAUAUUAAAUUCUCAAGAUGUAUUAUGUAUAUUUAUUACGAGUUAUGUUGAUAAAUAAAAGUUUCUUUUGUAAA